AUGUUGGAAAUCUUAUGCAAAGAGUUUUCGGAACGACUUUCGCGGAAUGUUUCGAACGACGAUUCCGAGAUGGAAAAGAAUAGGAAAAUGAUUGCGACGCUGACAAGGUUGUUAGUAGAUUCUAAACGGUAUUUGAAUCCAGACAAAUUCCCCUCUGACUUACUUUUCUCCACGAAUCAGCCGCCCCCGUGCAACCCUCGACUCCUGCAACGAAUCCUGCCCCAAAACUCCUACAAUCUCGUUGCGCCUUUGUUGGGAUUGCCGGAAUGGUAUAAGAAGAGGCGCAUUUCGUACGUGGACGAUAACGAUCGUACGAGUUCUAGCGAAACGACGAUGACCAAUGAUGACCAUAGUUCGGCGUCUCUAGAGGUGCAUCCGCCGAUGCCGGGAGACAUCGAAUCACUCAGUGACGAGGAGAAAGUGGGUCACCAUCGUACAUAUAAUCCUUACACUCUAUUUCUGAAGAAACCGAGACGCAAGGUUAUUACUUGGCGUCCUUUAAAGAAAGCUGAUCUCGAAGGAUACGACGCGGAUGCGACCCUCAAAAUGAGAGCGGAUAAUAUAAUGUCGAGGAUAUGCAAGGACUUCUGCCAGUGGCUCGAGACUUUAGGCGGAACGGACAACACUGUGGACGAGGAGAUUCUGCAGGAUAUGUUUGAAAUCGAUUUCAAAGCGGAAGCUUGUAAAGCGAUGCAGGUAUUGUUCAAGGAAAUGCCGGUGGUGCCCGCGGAGGUAGCUUUCAUAAGACACACUCCAGGCGCGAGUAAGCUCGCCAUGACGAAGAAACACGUCAUGAGAGACGCGAAAGCAGAGAGGACACCGGCGAAGACAAAGGCGUUUGGGACCGCGAUACCGUGGGGACUUAAAUUUGUGCCGCCUAAAAAUCAUGUUAGCAAGAACUGGCUGCAAUGCGAGCAUGUACCGAUGGAUCUGGAAUCGAUGGACAUGGUUUGGAAGGAUAUCACACAUUUGAAGAGCGUCAGAGCUUUCGUCGAAUGGCUUCAACAGCAUCCGGAGGUUCCACCACCGGAGGCUUUGAAGACACUCCUAUCAAUGGAUAUUGAAGCUUUGAGGCAGGUAGAGGACGACGAGGGGUUCGCGCAUCUCGAGUUGGAUAUUUAUCAAAUUACGAGUCUGAGAGUGAUAGACACCGGCGAGCAGUAA